AUGGGAACUAACGAGUUUGAAGGCAAAAUCCCAAGUACGAUUGGGCAACUUCGAGAACUCACCGAACUCAAUCUCAAUUUGAAUGGGUUCAAUGGUACCAUUCCAUCCUCUCUUUGGAGGCUGAGUGAGUUGAAAUCCUUGGAUCUAUCUUAUAAUCCACUGAGUGGGGAGUUGCGUGACAUUCACUUUGCCAAACUCACACAACUGAAAGAAUUACGCUUAUCCUCCACUCUACUUGCUCUGAAUCCCGACAUUAACAAGACAUUGGAUAUUCUUCGAAUAGUAGAUCUCAGUGAUAACCACUUCAACGGCAGCAUCCCUGAUUCUUUGUGCAGCUUACAAAUGCUUGUUCUCCUGGAUCUUUCUAACAACGAGCUCUCCGGAAGGAUCCCUUCAUGCAUUGUUGACGACAGUGAAGAACUCUCACUUUUCAUCAAAGGUGGAAUGUUGAACUACACAUCAAGCAAUGUGCCAUAUGUUAGAUUCAUGGGGCUCUCGGGAAAUAAACUAAGUGGGGAAAUACCUGUCGAGUUAAUGUCUCUUGUUGGAUUGCUGGGUUUGGAUUUAUCUAGAAACCAUCUAAGUGGAAGAAUCCCAGAAAACAUUGGGAACUUGAACCAACUUGAGUCUCUAGAUUUAUCCAAAAAUGACCUUUCUGGUCCAAUUCCUCAAAACAAAAGCUGCCCCGAUGAAUCUGAUGGUAAAUCAAAUGCCGGAGAAUCGAGUGAUCAUGAGGAUGGCAAGGAGUCUUAUUUUUAUUGGUUUUAUGCUGGUUUGGGACCUGGUUUUGGUGUUGGACUCUUGGGAUUCUUCAGUGUCCUAUGUUUUAAAAAGUCAUGGCGCUAUGCAUACUUCGGAUUUCUGGAGAACUUGUUCAAUAAAGUGUGGGUAGAUAUUGCAUUGCUUAUUGAGUGA